GCUCGCUCGCUCGCUCGCUCUUGCCCGGGCGCCCUGCUCUGUGGCUGGCAGGAGGCGCUGGCUGGCUGGCUGGCUCUCUCCGGCAGGAGGAUCGGGAAUGGGCGCCCGGGGACCGGCCAAGGCCCAGCCCCGCGGCAGACCCUCGGCCAGGCGGGAGCGGAGCGGCCAGGCGGGGAUGGCGGGGCGCCUGUAGAGAGAGCGAGAGCGAGAGAGAGCCUCCUCGUCCGCCGCCGCCGCCGCCGCGCGGGAGUGCCAUGAGCGGUGGCGGCGAUGAGGCUGUGUGAGCGCGGCGUCCAGAUGCUGCUGACCACCCUGGGCGCCUUCGCGGCCUUCAGCCUCAUGACCAUCGCGGUGGGCACCGACUACUGGCUCUACUCGCGCGGCGUCUGCCGGACCAAGGCCAUGAGCGACAACGACACCGGCCGCAAGAACGAGGAGGUCCUCACCCACUCCGGCCUCUGGAGGACUUGCUGCCUCGAAGGGACCUUCCGAGGAAUCUGUAAGCAAAUUAACCAUUUUCCAGAGGAUGCCGACUACGAACAAGAUGCGGCGGAAUAUCUCCUGCGUGCUGUGAGGGCGUCCAGCAUCUUCCCCAUUCUGAGCGUGGGUCUCCUAUUCUUCGGGGGCUUGUGUGUGGCCGCCAGUGAAUUUUACAAGAGCAGGCUCAACGUCAUCCUGAGCGCGGGGAUCUUUUUUGUGUCAGCAGGACUAAGCAACAUCAUUGGGAUUAUAGUUUACAUCUCAGCAAACGCUGGGGAUCCCGGGCAGAGCGACUCCAAGAAGAGCUAUUCCUACGGCUGGUCCUUCUACUUUGGGGCCUUGUCGUUCAUCAUUGCUGAGAUGGUGGGCGUCAUUGCCGUGCACAUGUAUAUUGAGAAGCAUCGCCAGAUCCGAGCCAAGUCUCACUCCGUGGCGCUGCUGAAGAAGUCCACCUUCACCCGCUUGCCCACCUACCGAUACCGGUUCCGAAGGAGAUCCAGCUCCCGCUCCACAGAACCCCGGUCGAGGGAUCUGUCUCCCAUCGGCAAAGGCUUCACCACCAUCCCCUCUACUGACAUCUCUAUGUUUACCUUGUCCCGGGAUCCCUCCAAGGUGACUAUUGGAACCCUGCUCAACUCAGAGAGGGAUCACGGGUUUUUACAGAUUCACAACUCCCUCCCCAAAGAGUUCAAGGAUUCGCUGCACAACAACGCUGCCAACAGACGGACCACUCCCGUCUGAGGCCAGGUGUGCUCCUGGGCGGCUGAGGGUGCUGGGUGUGGUGUACAGAGGUCUGUCGUCCAGACUGCAUGAUGUGAUUCUCCCCUCUCCCGUAGUGAUGAUGGUGUGUAACCAAUGAAACCUUUAUUCUUUGAAGAAGAAGAAGAAGAAGAAGAAGAAGCCCGCAGUGGGCUCUCUGCCCCCGGGCGGGCGGGCUGGCUGGUGUUUCCGGAAUCCUCAGUUGGCACUUGCCAGGCCAAGCCCCGGGGCCAGGGGUGGACUCCAUCGUCUCCUGUCCCUCAUUCUUUCAUCAAGGAUGGACACUGAGCUUGGCCGUGUGCCCCGGAAGUGGACUUUCGCAAGGGUGACUUCUAGGAGGCUCUGCCAAGGAGCGAGGAAAUGGCAUUGCUGCUGCUGCUGCUGCUGCUGCUGCGUCCACAUAGCCAUCUGCCCCAUUUGUGUGGUGUGUUAACCCAGAGGCAGCAUUUCUGGGAAAUCUCCAAGCAUGAAACAGUGAGCCGGAGGGUGUAUGAGUAGGCCAUGCCUCAGGCAUAGGGAAGGGUCUCUGUUCUCGUUUGCAUGCAUUCAAUAGUAUGGGAUCUGGUUUCCUCCCCUAGGACUGGAAAAUGUGCCCCUUGUCCAUUGCGACAGUUUCCAGAAGGCCUCCAUAUACCUUCCUCCAUAUUCAAAGGUCACAUUGAGGACUUGGGGGCAAAAGCCCCCUUCCUCCAUCUCGUCGAGGUCCUGGUAGUAGACCCCUGCCUGCAGGUCAGCCUUUACUGUUACAGGUGGGAUAUGAGAAGUCCCCAAAAGGAACCCAGGUGCCUAGCAGCAGAUGCCUGGACACACCUGAGCAGUUGGGUCAGGUUUGCCCCUGACCUGUGGGGUCUAGCACCCGUCUAUGGCCUGUACAAACGGGCGAUAUCCAAAGGGUCAAGGAAAGCGUGUAUACCAAUAAAACACACUUGGAUCAGCA